UACGUGCUGUCGUCUUCGAUAUGUGAUAUUAUCUUGUACAUCACUUUAGUGUAUUUUUGGGAAGAAAAUACUCGUUAUUGUGAUAGCCGUGAUCUCAACAAAUAAAUAUUAAAACUAGAUCAGACUUUUAGCUCAAAGCACUAUACUCCACUAUCUUGUUGUGAAAAAGUCUACGUCGCUUCAAGUAGCAAAAAGAAAAAAAAAUGGCUUGGACAAAAUAUCAAGUUAUAUUGGCAUCUACUUUGGUCAUCACAGGCUCAAUCAACACCCUCAGCACAAAAUGGGCUGAUACUCUCAAAUCGGAGAGUUCUGACGGGCAGAUUCGACCAUUUGAGCAUCCAUUUGUGCAAGCCUGUGCAAUGUUUCUGGGCGAGUUUCUUUGUCUGCUGACGUUCAAGGCUGUGUAUUAUCACCUUCGGAGAAAAAAUGACGGAGCUGAAGAUCGCCAUGAUCUCGUUAAGGGAAAUCGAGAAUUCAGCCCAUUCAUCUUGCUAAUACCAGCCAUUUUGGACAUGGUAGCAACUAGCAUAAUGUACGUUGGGUUGAAUCUAACGUAUGCAUCUAGCUUUCAAAUGUUGCGCGGUUCGGUGAUUAUUUUCGUCGGAAUACUGAGCGUAGCAUUUCUAAACCGCACGCUUGUAAGCAGAGAAUGGAUUGGAAUUUUGUUCAUCCUAAUCGGUCUUGGCGUGGUGGGUGUAUCGGACUUUGCGGCCGAUAACGGGGAGGGCACAUCGUACAGUAGAAACAACGUGAUAACGGGCGAUCUGUUGAUUAUCCUAGCACAGAUUAUAACAGCUGUACAAAUGGUGUACGAAGAGCGCUACGUUGCCGGAUUGGACAUUCCAGCGCUCCAAGCUGUUGGAUGGGAAGGAUUCUUUGGAUUUAGUAUCCUUGGCUUGUUGCUCAUCCCGAUGUAUUUCAUCCAAGUUAUGCCGCCAUUCAACAACAACGCUCGAGGAGUUUUGGAAGAUCUGCCGGACGCUUUAGUGCAAAUGAAAAAUAACUUCCAGCUGAUAUUGGCCAUUCUUGGCACCAUCGUGUCGAUUGCAUUUUUCAACUUUGCAGGAAUCAGUGUCACCAAAGAAAUUUCGGCCACAACCCGCAUGGUUCUUGAUUCGGUGCGAACGCUGGUGAUCUGGGUGAUCUCCCUGGCACUGUCUUGGCAAAAGUUCAAUUACCUGCAAAUUUUCGGAUUUGCUGGUCUCCUGUUUGGCAUGUGCCUGUAUAAUAACAUUUUGAUCCUGCAAACUUACGAUCGCGUACGCAAUGCUUAUCUCCAAAGACGGGAAAAUAAUGAUGGCCAGAGUGAGGUCAUUAUCAACAGACGGGCCGAUGAGCCGGAUUGCUAGACUGAGUAUGAAAAUACAUGUUAUACAGCCCUCGAUGUUUAUAUUGAGUUAUUUGUAGAUCUGUUCAAGAUGUUGGGUUCGCAAUUUUGAAAUAAAUACAGCAUAAUUCUUCAUUUUA